CUCUACCGCGAUUGAUCGGACAACAUGGCUCUCGCUCCAACCAACAUUGAUCCGGAUCACCUUGUGUUAUAUGCAUACACACCCUCCGCCGCGGCUGCCGGCGCGUUCAUGGGCAUCUUUGUUACGCCAAUGUUUCUUCAUUCCGAUGGUUCUAGGUGGUAUCAUGGAGGUCGGAGGUCUGUACGGUCGUUACUGGGGACACGACAGUCAGAACGACUUCAGAGCAUAUGUCUUACAGGCUCUGUUGUUGACUCCGGCACCAAUCUUCCUGGCUGCUACGAUGUACAUGACACUCGGCAGAGUCAUCGGUGCUCUGGACUCCGACAAGGAUCAUACUCUCAUCCGUCCUCGCUGGCUGUCGAAGGUCUUUGUGCUUUUCGAUAUCAUCUGCUUUCUUGUCCAGAUUGGCGGUAUCGGUAUGCAAUGCACCACGAGUUUGUCGGUGCAGAAAAGUGGCCGUACGGUAACCAUCAUCGGCUUGGUUCUCCAACUUGUCAUCUUCGCCUACUUCAUCAUUGUGGCUCUCGUCUUCCAUAGACGCAUUAAUGCUCGCCCUACCUCGAUUUCAGUCCAUCACACAAUCCAUUGGGUCAGACAUCUACGCAUUAUAUACGCGACAAGCGUUCUGGUACUUGUCAGAAACAUCUUCCGUAUCGCAGAAUAUGUCGAAGGCUCAGAUGGCCCGAUCGAACAUUCAGAAGUAUACCUCUACAUCUUCGAUUCGGCGUUGAUGGCAGGCCUCAUGUGGGCGUUUGUCAUUGUCCAUCCUGGCCGACUCCUCAGGGCCAUUAGAAAGCUGAAGAAUCGUAGCUCACUGGACAAUACGGAGGGAGAAAAGCUCAUGCCUGCCGCCAAAGUGAAAGACGUACAGCCGAAGAAGCGUGUGCUCGUCGAUGCACCAUCACCCCGUCAGAACGUCCAAACCGAUAGCCUUUCCAAGCGCAGGAAGCUCAAUGGCCAACCCAAGAACUUCAAGACACCAGGCGGUCCCGGCUCUAGUCAAGUCAAGAGCCAGUUCGAAGAGGAGGUCCUCGAGAAGUUGACUCAAGAUCUUGAUGACCUUAAGCAACACAAUGCCGAGNNAAAAGACCAACAAUGGGCUCGACCGAGUUUGGACGACUUCGACGAGACAAGGGACAGUUUGUGCUUCCAGCAGAUUGAAGCUGAGGAAGGGACCCUUCAUGGAGGAAAGACCUGCGUCAAGCUGUUCGGUGUCACAGAGACCGGCCACUCCGUCCUACUACACGUCACCGACUUUAUGCACUAUCUCUACGUAGCUGCGCCUUCGUCGUUCCAGCAGAGCGACUGCGAGUCUUACAAAGCCUAUCUCGAAACACAUCUUGCUCAACACCAACCUGCCAUCUAUUCAGUACAGAUGGUCCUUCGCGAAAACUUGUACGGCUUCCAGGGCAAUGUAAAGAGUCCCUAUCUCAAGAUUACCGUCACCGACCCCAAGUACAUCAACAAGCUGAGGACAUCGAUCGAGAGCGGAAGCGCCAACUACAAAGGCCUCUGGAAAGGCGCCGAUGGCGGUGUCCUCACCUUUGACAGUAUUCAAUAUGUGCUCCGCUUCAUGAUUGAUACCAAGGUACGCCCGCUACUGAACAUAAAUCCAGCCAAGUUUACUGACCAAACUAGNGUCUCGGGAAUGUCCUGGGUUGAGACUCCCGCAUCCAAAUACACUCUAGUCCCUGCUCGUGAUAGGCAUUCUAACUGCCAAAUCGAAGCCUUUUGUCACUACCGAGAUCUCAUUGCCCACCCUGCCGAAGGAGAAUGGGCAAAGAUGGCUCCCCUACGAACCCUCUCGUUUGAUAUCGAGUGCGCUGGUCGCAAGGGUAUCUUCCCAGAAGCCAAUGUGGAUCCUGUCAUUCAGAUCGCGAACGUCGUCACAAGAUACGGAGAAGACAAGCCAUUCGUGCGCAAUGUUUUCUGCUUGGACACGUGCAGUCUGAUAGUCAACACGCAGAUCUUUGAGUUCGCUGACGAGGAUAAGAUGUUGAUGGCCUGGCGAGACUUCCUGGAGAAGGUAGACCCAGAUGUUAUCAUUGGCUACAACAUCUCAAACUUCGACUUNCCCUAUCUGCUGGACAGAGCGAAGCAUCUCAAGGUUGGAAAGUUCCCCUUCUGGUCAAGACUACGAAACGUGCAGUCAGUCGCGAAAGACACCAACUUUUCCAGUAAGCAGAUGGGAAACAGAGACACCAAGGCAACCAACACCAACGGACGUCUGCAGCUCGAUCUUCUCCAAUUGAUCCAGAGAGACCAUCAACUGAGAAGUUACACACUGAACUCCGUGUGUGCACACUUCUUGAAUGAGCAGAAGGAAGACGUUCAUCACACUAUGAUCACUGAGCUAUUCAACGGUACUCCAGAAUCACGACGAAGACUGGCAGUCUACUGUUUAAAGGAUGCCUACCUUCCACAACGUCUGAUGGACAAACUCAUGUGUCUCAUCAAUUACACAGAGAUGGCCAGAGUCACGGGUGUACCAUUCAACUACCUUCUCUCUCGUGGUCAACAGGUCAAGUUCAUCAGUCAACUCUUCCGAAAGGCCUUGGAGCAACAACUCGUCAUUCCCAAUCUUCGCAGUGAAGGAACAGAGGAACAGUAUGAAGGUGCUACGGUCAUUGAACCUACCAGAGGUUACUACGACGUGCCCAUCGCCACACUCGAUUUCGCUUCGCUAUACCCAAGUAUCAUGCAGGCCCACAACUUGUGUUACACAACUCUUCUCAACAAGAAUGCCGUGGACAAGCUAAACUUCAAGAAAGACGAAGACUACAUUGUCACACCAAACGGCGAUCUCUUCUGCACAGCAAAAGUCCGUAAAGGUCUUCUCACGCAGAUUUUGGAAGAAUUGCUAGGUGCCAGAAAGCGAGCCAGAAAGGAGUUGGCCGUCGAGAAGGAUCCAUUCAGGAAAGCUGUCUUGAACGGUAGACAACUAGCUUUGAAGAUCAGUGCAAACAGUGUUUACGGUAUCACGGGUGCGACAGUUGGAAAACUGCCCUGUCUUGCCAUUGCUUCGAGUACGACUUCCUAUGGUCGUCAGAUGAUUGAAAAGACCAGAGACGAGGUUCAGAAGCGAUACACUAUCGCUAAUGGAUACACCCAUGAUGCCGAGGUCAUCUAUGGUGAUACCGAUUCGGUCAUGGUCAAGUUUGGCCCUAACGAUCUUGCAAAGGCCAUGGAGUUGGGUGAAGAAGCGGCCAACUAUGUCUCCUCCAAAUUCAUCAAGCCUAUUAAGCUGGAAUUCGAGAAGACCAUCGCUGAGCUGUUGCAAAACAAGGUGGAUAUGUCCAACUUGGUGAUUACCAAGGCAUUGACCAAGAAUGACUACGCCGCCAAACAGGCUCACGUCGAGCUUGCCGAGCGUAUGAAGAAGCGUGACGCAGGUUCUGCUCCUGCACUUGGUGACCGUGUCGCGUAUGUCAUGGUCAAGGGUGCUGCCGGUGCAAAGAACUAUGAGAAGUCCGAAGACCCCAUCUUCGUGCUGGAGAACAAUUUGCCGAUCGACACCAGGUACUACCUUGACAACCAGCUUGCCAAGCCUCUUGGUCGUAUCUUCGAGCCCAUCUUGGGUGAGAAGAAGGCAGGUCAACUUCUGACUGGUGAGCACACACGCUCCAUCAGUGUCGCUGCCCCGACCAUGGGUGGUUUGAUGAAGUUUGCCAAGAAGACCGAGACAUGCAUGGGCUGCAAGAAACCGCUGACUGGCAAAGACGAGAAGAAUGGCGCUGUCUGUGAGAACGACCGUGACCGUCUAGGCGAAUUGUACCAGAAGACGUUGAGCAAGGUUGCUGAACUCGAGGUUCGCUUCGCUCGACUUUGGACGCAGUGCCAAAGAUGCCAGGGCAGUAUGCACAACGAGGUCAUCUGUUCCAGCAGAGAUUGCCCCAUCUUCUAUAUGCGCAUGAAGGCCAAGAAGGAUGUCGAAGACUCUGGCAAAGAGCUUGUUCGCUUCGACAAUGACGGUGCUUUGUGG